AUGGAGCAAUUCGAGUUCCACGAUCCGACAACACGCUCCGCCUGGCAGCAAACCACACCCGGCAUCGAAGAGUUGGUCCUCAACGAAGACAAGUCAACAGGCCGCAAGACGCUCCUCCAACGCUGGCAACCCGGCGCAGCAAACCCCGACUCAAGUCCCUUUGUGCACACAUUCAUUGAGGAGGUCUACAUUGUCGAGGGCGAUCUCACGGAUAAGACGUUGGGCCAGACGUUUUACAAGGGCAUGUAUGCAUACCGCAACCCGGGCAUGGAGCAUGGGCCGUGGACCUCGGAGGGCGGAUGCUUGAUGUUUGUCACUUGCAGCGGCAGUGGGAAGUGA